UUAAUUUAGAAAAUGAUGGAAGAAGAAAAUCUGUAUAUACCAGAGACUCCGACAAAGAGAGGACAUGUUUAUUUUGUUGCAGCAGCAGCAUGUUGUGGUUCUGUUUCUAUGGGAACGGCUUUAGCUUAUUCAUCACCUGCCAUUCCUCAGUUAGAGAAAGCAACUUUCGAAAAUGAAUUCCACAUCAGUAGUAGUAUUGCUUCUUGGUUUGGAAGCACUGUGGCAAUUGGUGCUAUGUUUUCGGCACUAAUAACAGGUUCAUUGGCCGAACGACUCGGGAGAAAGACUGUGUUAAUAUUUUCCUCGGCUCCUUUUGUGCUUGGAUGGCUGUGUAUAAUAUUUGCGAACUCUGUACCUCUGCUGUUACUGGGUCGAAUACUGAAUGGUUUUGCCAUAGGCAUAAUUUCCUUAACCGUUCCUGUUUACAUAGCAGAAACAUCACCACCAACCUUAAGAGGGUUAUUGGGAUCGUGUAUACAAUUAUCUGUUACUAUAGGAAUGCUCUUUGUGUAUUUUGUUGGCAUAUAUACUAAUUGGAAAUUACUGGCUGCCAUCAGUGCAAUUUUUCCAGCAUUGUUCUUAAUAUUAAUGUGUAUUGUUCCUGAAACUCCUCGGUGGUUACUGGCAAAUCAUCGAUAUUCAGAAGCGAUUCAAGCUACAAAAUUUAUUAAUGGUUCUCGAGUAAAUGCCGAGCAAGAAUGUCACAUUAUAGAAAUGAAAAUAAGAGAACAGUCAAGUGAAAAAGCUUCUAUCAGAGAACUAUUUCAGCCCCACAUUUUAAAAUUAUUUUUAUUCAGUUUAGGAUUAAUGUUUUUUCAGCAGUUUAAUGGAAUAAACAGCUUUUUAUUUUAUACACAAGGUAUUUUCAAGACUGCUCAAGUGAAAAUUGAUCCAGAUUACUGCACGACCAUCGUGGGUGUUAUGUUAGUUAUUUCAACUUUCAUUGCUAGUAUCUUAAUGGAUUAUGCAGGAAGAAAAAUCUUGCUCUAUAUCUCAGGAAGCAUAAUGUGCAUUAGUGUUGUUUCUCUUGCAACCUAUUAUUAUAUAAUGCACAAAAAAGGAUAUUUUGAAUACAGCUGGAUAACAUUAGUGUGUCUCUGUGUGUUUGUGUGUGCAUUUUCGUUAGGCUUCGGCCCUGUGCCAUGGCUGAUGAUGGGCGAACUUUUACCACUAAGAGUGAAAGGAAUAGCAUCUAGUAUCUCAACGAUGUUUAAUUGGACUUGCGUAUUUAUUGUCACUGGAGAAUAUCAUACAAUGUUAGACUCUAUGCAUGAUUAUGGGACAUACUGGUUUUAUGGAGUUUUCUGUUUUCUUAGUUGUAUAUUUGUGAUAUUUCUUCCUGAAACUAAAGGAAAAACUUUGGAGAGUAUUGAAAGAACAUUUCUGCUGAGUGAAGACUUAUCAGAAGGAAUUAAUUGAUGUAAAAAUGAUUAUUUAUAUAAAAAUUCAAUCAAGUUAAUUAAAACUUUUAUUUAAAUUAUGAAUUGAUCUUCAAGUACACAAGCAAAGAAUAUAAAAGUAAAUAUGAAGUUUUGAUAGUCAAAUCACCACUCUAAUUUAAAAGUGUCUUUCUUUCAUAGUAUGUUCACUUUAAAGAAAAUUUUGCUAGAAAUGGUAACAUUUUUCUGUUUAUUAGAUAUUUAAAAAAAUCUUGAAUUUUUUAAGGUGGUCAUGUAUUAAAUGUUUAAUGCUACAUUUAGCAGUAUUAAAAAUGUAUUUUAACAAAAACUUAUAUUGAACUUGGGAGAUAGCCAAGGCAGUAAAGACACUAAUUUGCCUCUUCGAGGGACACGCAUUGAGCUGACUGGGUUCAGUUUUCAGAUAGGUUGGAGGCUGACAGAUCCUUGCUGACCUAACAGCUAGCUGCUCCAUUGGGGCCUGUAUAAACUGUGAUGAACUUAGUACUCAGAGUGGAGUUAAAUCUUUGUCCUACAAGCAGAAUAAAAAAUAUGUAUCUACUAUCUGAUUAUCUAUCUAGUAAUGUAGCUCAUACUGUAAAUUUCCUGUCUUAUGAAGAUUUUACUGUUUUGAAAUAGGAAAAAAUCUUUUACUUUUGUAGUUUUUAGCAGGCAACCUCUGCUGAUAUAAUACUUUUUGACUAAUGUAAGAAGGCUGUACAUUGGCAUCUUUUAAAAGUCAACUGGAUAAUCUUCUAUUAUUUGAUAUUUUACAUCUUUAUUAUUAUACUGCUCUCAUAAAAAAAAAGUUCUACUGCCAUACAUACUGUAUAAAAGAAAACUUUUUGCAGUAACAAUUGUGUAUUCAGAGAUUGAUCCCUAAAUAUUUUUUACAAAUAAUUCUGAUGGUCUAAUGACAAAUUCAAAAUCUAAAUCAAAGAUUGUUAAAGACAAGUGACGAGCGAUACUGGAGCAAUCAAAUGAAACGUUUACUAGCGGAGUUUUUGUCCCUUGAGUCUGUAGUAAACAGAUGGAAAUUCAAGCUUAGCCAGCUCACAGCAUGCCAAGGCUCUUCCUUGCAAAUGAACUUUUCACCUGAUUGCUCUGUAGCUUUGAACUGCUUAAUGUUGGAACUGUUGUUCUGUUCAAACCACCAACCAUUCCCCAAAGAGCAACAGUUUAAAUCAAUCAUGAGAUAUUUGCUUUUAUCAUCAUUUAAUUUUCUGAAUUUUCACAUAUCUGAUAACACAAUGGUAGAACUUCAGGUAUAAAGCUUUCAUAUCUAUACCAGUGUCAAAUAAAGAUGGAAUUUUUUUUUACAUGUAGAUUUUUGUAACAGAUUUCACAUUAUACAUUAACUGUUUUAUAUAAUAGUAUUUAAAUUACGUACAAGAGAAAUUUUUAUUUUACGUACAUCAAUAUAUUUGUAUUCAAUUAGUCAGAAAUUAAGUUGUAAAGAAUCUCAAUGAAUAGAAUGAUUUAUGGAUACAUUUUAAAAUACAAGUAUUAAAUGUAUAAGAUAACUGACUUGUUUCAUUCUCUGAUUUCAAUAACACAUUUGCAGUCAAUUGUAAGGCUGUCAUUGGCUGAAGUUUAUAAAAUGAUAGUUGUGAGUAACCUCUCAGAUUACCCUCAUGUAGCAACAGUUAUUGAUUUGUUCUUUCACUACCAGUGCACACUGUUCAGCAUGAAAGAGUUUCAGUGAAAUGCAAUUAACAAUAACUGAAAAGUCAAUGUAAAAAGAUGUUCAACAAGUUGUUAAACAUCUCCAUAAAUGACCCUCCAAGACAGGCAUUUGUUGUCUGAUGUGAAUCAAAACCAAGAAUAAAUGUUCAGUAAUGUGCGAUGGUUGUGGGUUAUAAAGACAGAUUCAUCUUUCAAUAACAGUGCAGUACACUGCAAUAAUAAUAAUAUACAGUAUCUAUGUGAAUAAACAAAUGUUUAAAUAAUAAUGUAUUGUGUAUUUUUGUGAGCCGUUUACAGGUGAGAAAUGUUAGUUAUAGUUUCUAAAAUUUUGCUACAACUUUUUUUAGUAAAAUUAGCUCAAAUGCUACAGUAAAUUUUUUCUCAGCUUAAACCCUGGUAUAGGAUUCUGUAAAGAAGCUUCUACUUACCUGAAUGAUGCACAAAGAUGCUACUGCAGCUGUUGGUGCUUUUUUUCACACAACUAUCCCUCUUGGCAUAUGAGGCAUCCAAAUCCUGCAAUGUAUGUACCAUCAUCGACCCACUUCAAAGUCACGUCAGAAUGGUUUAGAUAGCAGGUAAUUUGUCAAAACGGCCAUCCGGCUUUCCUCAGCCUAACAAUGCAGCCUUUCUCAUACACUGUUAGCCAUGCCUAAUGUAUUUGACUGCAUCAUUUGAAGACCCCCAGAAUUUUCAAUAUACAUAUCAUUUUAACACUGAGCCUCUGCAAACAUUUUUUAUAGGAUACCAAGAUAGUAUCCUAAAAAAAUGUAGACUUUAAGGCAGGAUACCUGGAAUACAACUGGAUCUUAACUGUCAAAUCAUUUACAUGUAUGUCUGAGACAUUCAAUUACUUUAAUGCAUACAGCUAUCUAAUUCCUAGUGCAUAAAUUUUUUUAAUCAUGAUUUUAAUUAUGGAAAUUUGGUUUCUAAAACUCAAGUUAUUUGAGAUUAUUUUAAAAUCUUUACCAUGGAUAUAUUGGGAGGUGGGUCUAUUUUAGUAGUAGCUUUUAUGACAACAAACAAUCCAAAUAUCUAAUUAUUAAUUUUGUAUUUGUUUGUUAAAUGGAGAAUUUACUGCAUUAUUAUAAUCCAACUAUGAUCACACAAAAACUAUUCGGAAGAAGGGAUUCCUAGAACCGUAAAACAUCAAUUUAAUGAAAUUAUUCACACCAGAUGUUAAACCCAAAAACUAAUCUGUCAAUUUUUUAACAUAUGAUUUCUGUUUUUACUUGUGUAGAAAUGUUUGUGUAAUUAAAAUUAAGUAUUAUGAGAAGUAAUUACAUAGAAGUUUUCUAUAUGUAUUAUUGUUCAUGUUUAACUGUAGUUCUGAGACCGUAAUAAAAAAGUUAUUUUCAAAAACUAUUUGUUUUUUUAAAUACAAUAAAAAAGAAACAUCAAAAAUGUUUCCUAUGUUUAGUCUUCAGAUGAUACAUCAAAACACUCCCAUUGUGGCAUAAAGUUAAGAGUGGCAACACUUAGAUUUAAAAAACUUGCCAAUUUUGAUUUAAAAUGCUUUUUAUAUGUAAUUAACAGGAUGUUAAUUUUGUCCAUUAAAUCAAGGUUUUACUGUAUUUUACAACUGCCCCGAAAUCCAAAUAUAGGCAGUCCCCACUUUUGUGUAUAAUACUUUCUUUCUCCUCUGUAUCACCAAAUUACUUUUUUUAUGCCAAAUUUGCACUUUCAUACAUUUUGGCUGAUAGACAAACAUUCCAAGCUAUCGUACAAUGUUAACAAAAAGUGCACAAAAUAUAGUUAUUUGUGAAAAUUUUUAUUGUAUUUUCUUGCAUAUAGUCUGCAACAUGGACACCUCACAGAAAAUUGUAAGGGUUUUAUUUCCAUUCUCUCUAAACAAUUGCAAGGUUUUAGCAUUUUAAAUAAUAUUUUAUGAACUGUAACAUGAUAAAUGUCUCUUGUACAUGGGGUAAACAAACAUCAGGAUUUUUUUUUACAUUUGGAGUAAGACCAAGUAUUCACUCAAAACUAGUCUUCCAAGAAGUCCAGAACAAAUUCCAAGACCUGUCGGGUUGCUGUCCCUAUGCGGACAAGGAAACAUGACCGGGUUGACAAGGCCCAAUGUAUCCAUAACAAACCACCUUGUAAAAACUUCCAAAGAUGUUUACUCAAAUUUGAUCCCGAGAGCCCAGAAUAGUAGGCCAACACCUUCACCAUCCCCAUGGAAGUAUAGAAUCCACACAUGCUUCCAUUCUGUCAGGAAAUCUAUAUAAAUAAAACUGUAGCAGCUAAAAUGUUUGUUGCUGCAUCAUGGGAAAAUUCCCGAACAUAUUUUAACCAAACUUCAUAUUUUGAAUCUGUCGGUUCCAGAGAAGGUUUAUAGACACACAUCAACUCAAAAUCUACAUUAAUUAAACUAAACUGUAAUGGCUUUCUGUCUGUCUAUUUGUCUCUCUCUUCACUAGUUGGUGACACAUGAAUUAGUACUUCCUGUCAAGAGAUUAUCUAUAAGAAUGACAUAUUAUUGAAGUUUACUAUUAUAUUUCAAGAACUAUUACUUAAUUAGCAAAAUCUUUGAGGCAUUAAAAAAGUGACGUCGU